UCCAAGACAGAUGCUCCUGAUGUCUCUGCCCUUAAUGUGAUGUAUAGCAGCCUAAAUUCUCCUUCAGCACUGACUGGUUGGAAAUCGGGUGGGGGCGACCCUUGUGGCGAAUCAUGGAAAGGAAUCAAAUGCUCUGGAUCAUCAGUGACUGAAAUAAAAUUGUCAGAUCUAGGCCUCACUGGAUCAAUCGGCUACCAGCUAUCAAGCUUGAAAUCUGUGACCUACUUUGAUUUGAGCAAGAACAACCUCCGUGGUGACAUACCGUAUCAACUUCCUCCAAAUGCACUUCACAUUGACCUUUCUUCCAAUGCAUUCACUGGAAAUGUUCCUUAUUCGAUUUCUCAGAUGACUGAUCUCAAGUACCUAAAUCUGGGCCACAAUCAGGUCAAGGGACAGUUAAGCGAUAUGUUUGGAAAACUCCCCAAGCUCGCCACUCUGGAUCUAUCUUACAACUCAUUGUCAGGGAAUCUGCCUCAGAGUUUUGGAUCACUGUCAAGUCUUACAAAAUUGCAUUUGCAAAACAAUCAGUUCACAGGUCCUAUAAAUGUCCUUACAGACCUUCCCCUCAAUGAUCUGAAUGUGGCGAAUAACCAAUUCACUGGCUGGGUCCCAAAUGCAUUGAAGGAUAUUGAUAACAUUGAGACUGAAGGAAAUUCUUGGUCCUCUGGUCCGUCACCUCCAGGUGCUUCUCGUGCUAAGAAAAGCUCAAAAGAAGGUGAUGGCAAGUCUGGUGUGAGUGGACUAGCUAUAGCUGGAAUUGUUAUGGGUGUGUUAGUGGUGCUGGCAGUUUUAAUUGCUCUAUUUUCCAAGAGAUCUUCUUCACCAUCCUCACAUUUCCUCGAUGAAGAGAGGGCUAGCCAACGCAGAGCAUUUACCCCCCUUUCAUCACGAGAACUGACCCAUGAUCUGCGUGCUGAAACGCGUAAAAGUUUUAGAGUGUUGGAUGUGGAUCGUAAGUCAGUGGAAUCAUCGGCUUCCAUUGAUGUAAAGGCUUUGGAGAAAUCACCUUCAAUUGGAUUUCGUUCUCCACUUCAUAACCGCAUGGAGUCCCUCAAGGAUAAUGAAUUUGCAAGCCGCUUGAAUGCAAGAAGAAGCACUUCAUUUCGCGCUACGGCCUAUAAUUUGGCCGAUUUGCAGAGUGCAACUGGUAAUUUUGCAACAGGCAGACUUAUUGGUGAGGGAUCUGUUGGACGCGUUUAUAGGGCGAAGUAUGCAGAUGGGAAGGUUUUGGCUGUUAAAAAGAUUGAUUCUUCACUUUUCCAAGGCAGGAGGACCGAUGAAUUUUCAGAAAUCGUUGCAAAAAUCUCGAUGCUUCACCAUCCAAACAUUGCAGAACUUGUUGGUUAUUGUUCUGAGCAGCGGCAUAACAUGCUGGUCUAUGAAUAUUUUAGGAAUGGCUCCCUUCAUGAGUUUUUACACUUGUCAGAUGAUUACAGCAAACCAUUGACAUGGAAUACUAGAGUCAGAAUUGCUUUAGGCACAGCGCGAGCUGUAGAGUACCUCCAUGAGGUUUGCUCUCCCUCUGUAGUGCACAAGAACAUAAAAUCAUCUAAUAUAUUGCUGGACAUUGAACUUAAUCCACGAAUCACCGAUUGUGGAUUGGCUACCUUUCAUCAGCGGACAAGUCAAAAUCUUGGUGUCGGAUACAAUGCUCCAGAAUGUACAAAGCCCUCAGCUUAUACUCUGAAGAGUGAUGUUUACAGUUUUGGAGUUGUCAUGUUGGAGUUGCUGACUGGCCGAAUGCCUCUUGACAGUUCGAAACCAAGGUCAGAACAAUGUCUAGUGCGAUGGGCUACUCCACAGCUUCAUGACAUCGAUGCUUUAGGCAGAAUGGUGGAUCCAGCACUGCGUGGACUGUAUCCUCCCAAGUCAGUCUCCAGAUUUGCCGAUAUUAUUGCUCUCUGUGUUCAGUCGGAGCCCGAAUUCCGACCUCCCAUGUCAGAAGUGGUGGAGGCAUUAGUGCGAUUAGUUCAGCGCUCUAGUAUGAACAAGAGAGGGGAGAGUCCAGGUGCUUCUCGUCGUAUGGAUGAGUUCGACUAUUGA